AUGGUCAGAACAGUUCUCGAAGAGUCAUCGCGUUUUGUACCGCAGGGACUCGACCCUGCUACCAACAAUGAGCUGUCGGAAAUAUGGAGUCGUGUUCAGAGUCGGGUGUUGGCGCUAGCCGAUGGGGACCAGCGCAAUAUCAGACCGCUCGGUGUAAACGACGUGCUGUCGCACCUUGACGCGGCCCAGAAGAAAGACAAGGUGUCUUCUUGGAAGGUCAAGGACAUCAAAGACUCAUUCAACAAAACUUUACUGUUCAUCCAAACAGUGAGCAGUAUAGCGGCAGGGGCUGCGUCACAGAGUACCACGUCCAUGGGGGUAUGGACACGAAAUUGA